UAAUAAUUCGGAAAAUUCGUUCUUCAGUAUCCUUAUCCCAUCCACCACGCUAAAAUCUUCCGCUCUCCACUCCCAUGGCGGCCGUCGCCGCCAGUCUCUCUCUCAAUCUUUCUCUCAUCCAGCGCUUCUCAUCGCUCCGCCUGAUCUAUCGCUCUCCUUCCUCAUCGGGCUUCUGUAUAUGCCGCUCAAACUCCCAACUCUCUUCCCUGCUUCUCCCUUACAGAACGAGAAGAAACCCCAGGGUUCUUGCCGUCAUUGAAAAGGAAAAUAAAACAAACUUGGAAGAUACGGAUUCUGAGGAGGAUGAGAAAGCUAUUGGCGGAUCAGUCGGCGCUGUAGAUGGGACAAAGCGAAGGGCACGGCCUUGCGAGCUCUACGUUUGCAACCUCCCUAGAAGCUACGAUAUCUCCCAUCUACUUGAGUUAUUUAAACAUUACGGAACUGUUCUUUCGGUGGAGGUAUCACGAGAUCCUCAUACAGGCAUUAGUCGAGGUUGUGGUUUUGUUACAAUGGCUUCAAUUUCUGAAGCAAAGUUCGCAGUAAAUUCUUUGGAUGGGUCUGACGUUGCGGGCCGUGAAAUGCGAGUAAAGUUUUCCGUUGACAUGGUUUCUGGUAGAAAAAAUGCGGGGGCUCCGAACUCUGCCCCUAAAAAGAACAUCGUCUUUGAAAGUCCUUACAAGAUUUAUGUUGGUAACCUAUCUUGGUCAAUAAGGGUUCAAGAGUUGAUGGAAUAUUUUAGUCAAUUUGGAACAGUUAUCAGCACAAGGGUGCUUCAUGAUCGCAAGAGAGGCAAAAGUCGUGCCUACGCAUUUAUUUCUUUUUCUUCUCCAGAUGAAGUUAUGGUUGCAACACAAGCAAAUGGCUCGGAGUUUUGUGGGCGCAUUAUGUCAGUGAGGGAAGUUAUUGAUCAGGAUCCAUUGACCUAAUGAAGAAAUUUUUUACAAUUUUGCACCAGAACAUCUUUUUGUUCACUUGACCAGGCCACAUACUCUAGGGUUUUCACUCACUCUGUGCAAAAUUCAGGAUCUCUAAGUUAACGGUACUACGGCAUAGUUGGCUGAGCUUAAUGGGAAUCGUUGUUGUGAAGUUUUCUUAUUCUCCGAUUCUAUUAUGUUGAUGAAAUUGCUUGGUUACAUCUGAUAGCCAUUCUCCGACCAUCCACCGCCUGGAUUUUCAGUGGAUGCACUCCUCUACUACAGUUUUGCAGCUUAUAAUAUUUCAAAUAUUGGACAGAAUUAGGGCAUUUAUCUGAAAACCGAACUAUAUGUGAGUUUCUGCCAACUUUUCUUAGUUGCUUCCAUGAUUGGAUGAUGAAAUAUUUGCCUAUUAGAAUGAAGAUGGCAUAUUUGUGUUAUUUCAGUACCAA